ACAAAAGCAGCAGCAAGAACAACAACAACAGCAACCCAACAUCAAAAUAUCAACUAUAAAUGCUCUCUGCCAUAAACUGGAUCUGACUGCCUUCCAGCUGGGGACCGACCAUAACGCUCGACGUCGUCGUCGCCGCCGUCGUUGUUGUAUCCUUUCCAGUGGGCCUGCAGCACACGGCCAGUGUUUCUGGCAGCGACACAACAACGUCAGCAGUGCUCUGCUGCUAGUCGUGCUGUCGUCCGCGCUACACUGGCAAAACUCAGGGAAAUUUUCCGCACACACAAGAAAAAAAAACACUCACACACAACCACACACACAUACACACAUAUAUACUAAGCAUAUACCGUUGCUUUCCUUUUGCCAAAAACCGAAAAUAAAAAAAUACAUAACUUCACAUGGCGCAACGUUUACGUAGUAGAAAUGCUGCGGCAAGAGUCAACGACAACGUCAACGUCAACGUCAGCAGUAGCAGCAGCAGCAGCAGCAACCGAAGCAGCCGCAGCAGCAGCAGCAGCAACAACAACAACACGCUGCUUUUCUAGUGUGGUGUUGUGUUAAUUGUUAUUUAUGUAUUAGUAGUGUAUAUAAAUUUUGUGUGAUAUUGCAACAACAAUGAGCAAAAGUUGUGCAAAUGCAACAGCAUAGCAGCCAAUAAGAAAGAGAGAGCCACAGCGAGCGAGCACGCAAAGAGAGGGCGAGAGAGAGAAAGAGAAAGAGAGAGGAAGGGAGAUAGAGAACUUUUUCUAUGCAAGAAAGUUUCAGCUGAAAACACAAACAAAAACAACGACAUCAAACGGUUUUUGCAAUAACAGCAGCAGCAACAACAGCAACAACAGCAACAACAACAACAACAAGAGCAACCGCAGCAACACUGUAACAGUAACAACAUUUUAACGGGUCCAAUGUUGCAGCAAACAACAUGCAGCAAACAACAAUGGCAGCAACUAGAACAGCAACAGCAACACCAACAUCAACAGCAACAACACCAACAACAGCAGCAGCGGCAACAGCAGCAGCAGCAGCAACAACAACAACAACAACAACAACAAGAGAUAGCUAAAGCUAAAAGCAACAACAGCAGCAGCCGAAACAACAACAACAUUAGCAACAUGCGCUUUAGCAAAAUGGGCUUUAGCAACAUGCUGCCAGCCAGCAACAGCACAACAACAACGAUAGAUUUCAAUAGUCGCCGGCGACGCGGACGUCUACGAAGCGCGCACAAAUGUUGCCAACUAGUGCCAGCAACAAACGCAAAUGUUGCUAAUACACAAAAACCAACAAAACAAAAAGAACAACAACAACAACUACAACAACAACCACAACAAACAAAUAAACACCAUGCAAUGCUUUUGUUAUCAAUAAUGUGCGAUUGUGUAAAUAUUUUAAAACGCUUAGUAUUAUUAACAUUAAAUGCAACAACAGCAACAACAACAACAAAAAUAACAACUAAAACAAAAUAUAAUAAUAAACAAAAAUUCAACACGCCCACUGUGUGGGGCGGUGGGCGUGGCCAGUCACUUUACUGCAUGCUGCCGCUGCUGCUGCUGCUCUGCCUGCUGCUCCUCUGCAGCGCUGAGGCCCACAAGCCCAAAAGCGUUAAGCAGCAUCAGCAGCAGCAGCAACAACAACAACAACACCAGCCGGCACACACCAACGAUGUCACGUUCAACAACAAUAACAAUAAUAUGGGGGGCGUGGCCGGUGUGCCGCCCACUUAUCAAGUGAAAUCAUCGCCAACAUCGAACGAGGACGAAGCCGAAAUCCUCUAUCAGUCAGCCGAAAUGUUCGGCGAGGAGGAGGACGAGGAGCAGGAGCAGGACAGACUGGAGGGGACGGGCGGACAGCUGAAUACGAAUACGGUGCACGACGAGGAUAAUGCCGCCAAUCAGCGCAAUAUCAAUGAAACGCUAACCGACAGUUCAAACGCUACGAAAACGCCACUAUUCCCAAAAGAUCUAUUCACGAAAGAACAGCUUGAGAACGGCGCUGUCAUCCUGCACAUUAUCGGUGUGAUUUAUAUGUUUGUGGCGCUGGCAAUUGUCUGCGAUGAGUUCUUCGUGCCUUCCCUUGACGUAAUCAUUGAAAAGCUCGGCAUCACGGACGAUGUGGCCGGCGCAACGUUUAUGGCCGCGGGUGGCAGUGCCCCAGAGCUCUUCACGAGUGUCAUUGGCGUUUUCGUGUCGUUCGACGAUGUUGGCAUUGGUACGAUUGUCGGAUCUGCCGUCUUCAACAUACUGUUCGUCAUUGGGAUGUGUGCGCUAUUCUCGCGCACUGUUUUAUCCUUGACGUGGUGGCCACUGUUUCGGGAUUGCUCAUUCUAUAGCAUCAGUCUGCUGGUGUUGAUCUACUUUUUUCGCGACAAUCGCAUCUUUUGGUGGGAGGCGCUCAUCCUGUUUACCAUCUAUAUUGCCUAUGUGGCCUUCAUGAAGUGGAACGUUCAGGUGGAGCAUUGCGUCAAGAAGAUGAUUACCAAAAACAAGGUGACUCGCGUCCGAAGUACAGAUCAACUUAUGCCAGCAGGUAAUGCGGCUAACUCAUCGGAAACGUCAAUGGCGACACAGCCGGGCGGUUCGGUGACAUCCCGAGCGGCCAGCGAGACCCGUUCGGGUCCGGCCGGUUCGAGCAAUGCGGGCGCUACAGGUAAUAGCAGUGGUGGGACCGCUGGUAGUACACAGACCGGUGCAAAAUUCCGUCAUGGCCUAUUACAGCUAAUGAUACACACGAUAGAUCCACUACACGAUGAUGAUGUUCCAGGCAAAGUGGACGAGAAGGCAACCCAGCUGCAUGCGAUUGCCUCGCUUAAGGUACUGCUGGAUGCCACCAAGCCGCAACGGGGUGGCGCCACCACCUCAGCGGCCAAUCACGUCAAGAUUAAUCUAAAGGAGACAACAUUGGCCGAUCGACCCAAUGGCAAUAUCGAUACAACUCUCGAUUCGCCAUCGUUAAGUGGUCGACGUCCUAGCUGGAUUGAGCAGAGGGUCAAAAUUCAGACACGCAAAUUUAGCAUCAAAGCGCCCGAAAUAAUCGAGGAUGAACCGGAGCCCCUGAGCAUGGCCUGGCCAGAUACGGCUCGGAAGAGACUCACCUACGUCCUGGUCGCCCCCCUCCUGGUGCCCAUGUGGCUAACAUUGCCCGACACGAGAACGCCGCGCGGCAAACGCUUCUUUCCGGUCACCUUUAUAGGGUCCAUCGUUUGGAUAGCUGCCUUCUCCUAUCUCAUGGUGUGGUGGGCCAAUGUCGCCGGAGACACGGCGCGCAUACCCCCAGAGGUUAUGGGCCUCACCUUCCUGGCGGCUGGCACAUCCAUACCGGAUUUGAUAACGUCGGUGAUUGUGGCUCGGAAGGGUUUUGGCGACAUGGCCGUGUCCAGUUCCGUGGGUAGCAACAUAUUCGAUGUGACUGUGGGCUUGCCGAUACCCUGGCUGAUCUAUGGGAUUAUCUACGAUGCGCCCGUUGAAGUGAACUCGGUGGGCAUGGUGUGUUCCAUAACCAUAUUGUUUAUGAUGCUCGUAUUUGUGGUGCUAUCAAUUGCCUGCUUCCGUUGGCGCAUGAACAAGGGGUUGGGCUUUACCAUGUUUCUGUUGUACUUUGUCUUUGUUGCGGUGUCGCUGAUGUUCGAAUAUGAUUUGAUCACUUGCCCCGUCUAAGAACCGCACGGCAAAACUGCAGCU